AUGGCCGCAGCGGAGCAGCCGCUGAAAAAGCGGAAGUUGUACGAUGCACCACCUCAGCCACCGCCGCCCCAGUCACCACCACCACCACCACCACCACCAUCGUCGCCGCCUCCUCCUCCGCCACAAGAACCACCGCCACAGCCUCCGCAGCCGUCCACGCCGCCGCCUUUGUCUCAGGAGGAAAUUCUCCGGAGGCGUAGGUGCCAAGAAGAAAUUCGCAAUGUUUUUGAGUGCUAUAAGAGGAUAAAGUUCUUCAUCGACAAAAAAGACAAGUGUUUCACGCCCGAGCUUGAAGAAGCCUAUCUCUCUCUGAUCACUGCCGCUGGAGGUAGUGCAAGUGCAAAGCGUCUAGCAGCAGAGUUCAUUCCACGCUAUGUAUCAUAUUGCCCUACUGCUCUUGAGGCAGCUGUGAAGGUUGUCGUAAAUAUUCACGACUGGUGCUCUGCAAUGAUAAGCAGUGGGGAAGACAUUGAUGGUCUUGCGUUUGAGACUGCUAAAACCUGCAUAUUAGGUCUCGUUGAUAUCUGUCAAGCUGCUGCUUCCGAGGCUCCAACUUCAGCUGUUAUUCAGGGGAUAUGUUAUGCAGUUUUCCUCAAUGUCUUUACUUUUCUUGUAUCCUCUUUAGAGUGGAAAGAUAUCUUUGAGAUUGUUGAUCAGAGAGUUCUGAAAAUUUAUGAAAUUGCAGAAUCCUUCUCUGAUUUCAAUCGUGAGUUUUUGGAGGAAGAUAACUCAGUAUUUCUCAAAUUGUCCAAGUUUCGCGCUCUAUGUUUCUUGAGGAUUUUCUUCAGUUGCCCCAAAAAUUCUCUUAUUGCUGGCUUUGAACUUUUUGAGGCCACUGGAAUGGAGGGGAUUCGGAAAGGAAACUACUUUCUUCGUCAAUUGACAAUGGAACUGAGAAAAUUUGGUGCCCAUCAUUUGGAUGAGGGAUGCGCGGAUAAAUCUUCCAUUCGUUCCAGCAGAUCAGAUUGUUCUAGUGGUGCAUCCAAGAACUGCUUGUUGGGACUGGUUCUCUGUAAAGAUCCGUCGCUCAAAAGUUUGAUUUUUACAAGGUACAGGAUGCUUUGUGAUUCUGCUUCUUCUGAAGUUGUUUCUGAUGCUACUUCUAUUCUAGAAGGAAUAUUUGAAUCUUUUGUACAGCAAGUGAAGGCUGAAGACAGACAGGUAGAUAGUGUUGAUUGUUAUUCUUCGUCAUCUAGAGCAAGAACACCAAGGGAAAUGUUGAACAGGCAAUCUUUCUCACCUAGAGCAAGAACACCAAGGGAUCUGAGAAGCAACUCAUUUAAUACUGGAAAUCGUUCUUCCCAGAUGGAGAGGAUUGCAAAUAUUGACCUCCAUUCACCCACUUUAAGACCCUCCGCUGGAGGUGCAAGUUCAUCAUUUGAAUCCCCGAGGAAAAAUAAUCCGGCUCUUUCAUCUUCAACAAAUUCAACAUGGUACUCUGAUGGAGACCCAGCUGCCAUGGAUAUAUAUCCAGCUUCAAAACAAUUGUGGGUGGGAUCAUUGGGUCCUGAUGCAACUGAAAUGCUUAUUAGGUAUCAGUUUGAGAAAUUUGGAGUUGUUGAACAACUGCGGUAUCUCCCAUUUAAAGGCUUUGCUACUAUUGAGUACAGAAACAUUAUGGAUGCUUUAAAAGCUAGGGAGGUAAUGCAGGGACGUUCCCCUUGGGGUGCCUGCCUUAGGGUAAAAUUUCUGGAUGCAGGAUUAGGAACAAGAGGAGCUAUAAAUGGAAUUGCUGUUGGGUCAAGUCGUCAUAUUUAUGUUGGAAAUGUUGCAAGCAUCUGGGCCAAAGAUGAGGUGAUGCAUGAAGUUACAAAGGUACUUCACAAGAGCCCUCGCAUGGUUUUUGAUCUGGGCAGUGAGGGUGCAUUAUUGUUGGAAUUUGAUUCACCUGAAGAAGCUACCAUGUUGAUAGGUCAUCUAAGGUGGUACCGCAAAGAAUAUAGUAGCCUCUGUCCACCUUCUAACAAAGGCCCAAUGCAUGGAGACAGUGCGCAACCUGCUCCAGCUUCAGUUAAUGUAGACAUGAGAAACAAUUACCUUUCUAACAACUCGAUUGGAUCACCUCCGGCUCAUAAUAUGCUGGAGAAGCCUCCUGAGAGUAUUAUGACAAGGUUGUCAUCUUUGCUUGAACAGUUACGUGCAAAAUAUAACAUUGCUCAUCAAGGUUUUCUGGAUCAUUCACCUGGUUCUUCCAUGCGAGAACAAGCAUGGGUACCAACAAACGUACUUUGGAUUAGCGUUCCAAAUAAAAUUGACUUAGGUAUCACUGAUGAUGAGUUGCUAACUGUUUGCAAUAUUGCAAUAAUUAACACUGGAUCCAUUGCCCGUUUGAGUAGAACUAGUAUGCCUACAGCUUCGUAUUGGCUUGUCGAGUGCAGCAGUAUAGAUACAGCAAACACUCUAUUGAGGAAUAUACGAGACUGUCCUGGGAAUUUCUUCCAAAUAGAAUACAGUAACCCUGCAAAGCACCACGUCACUGCUCCCACACCGAGAUCCGACACCAUUUCCAUGGAGCUUACAUCGCCAAGAAUGAGUCAAGUAAAUACUGGACCUGUCAUGCAAAAUGCGCAUAGAUACCAACCAACUUGGGCCGGUGGAGGAGGAAUUCCAGACGUUGGAAGAAUUGGUCCACCUGAACAAUCAUGGAUGUAUGGGAAUCCUGAAAGUGGGAUGCAUCAGGGAGGAAAUCCUGGUCCAUUUACGCCACGUCAGCUGGUUCAACCAUCUCCAUUUACAGGACCUGUUUAUGAACCUCCAAAUAGGUGGGAUGCACGUGGAAUGGGUCAUCAUCCGCCCCCAAAUCCAAUUCCACCCUCUGUAAUGACCUCUAAUUCUCAUACUAAUCCACAGGGAACACCAUUUGUCCCUGUUUCUGUGACUCCACUGGCACAGAUCCAUGCGACUUCUAUGGUACCAUACAAUCCGGUCUUCUCUCAGCCCGUUGUUCCCACUUCCUUAUCAUCUUUACCCCCACCCCCACUAAAUGUGGUCCCUCCACCACCUCUUCAGUCUGAUUUCCGGCCGCCCCUGCCGCCUUAUCCCGAGCUGCAGCCACCACCACCUCCACCACCACCCCAUGUCCAGCCUCCUGCAUUUCCUCCGCCUCCUGCUUCUCCUCCGCCACCUCCACCAUCUGUAGCUGAUGUGGCAGAGGGUUCUGGGCCAUCUCAGGACUAUCCCUGGCAAGGGAUACUGAGUAAAAGUAGCGUUCACUAUUGUACAAUACAUGCACAGAGAGUGGACUCGGAUAUUUGCAACUAUUUAACUGCUAUUUCUGAGCCUGCAGAAUGGCCUGCUAAGUUAGAUAUGACAAAGCGCACUGAUCUCCGACAUGUGAAAUCAACAUUUUCCAGUACUCCACCUCACAGAAGGGAGAUUUGUUGGCUGCUUCCUUCGUCUCAUGAUGAUCAGAAGGGUUUUCAGGAUUUCAUUUCGUACUUGAAGCAGCGAGACUGUGCAGGAGUAAUCAAAAUACCGGCUGCAAAGGCUAUGUGGGCCAGACUACUCUUUAUUCUUCCAUACUCUUCUGAAACAUGCUCGAUGUUAUCUAUUCCUCCGAAUCCGUCUCUUUGCCUAAUUGGUUUGGUUGUCCCUAAGGAAACAAAUACCGAUACAGCUUGA